CCCCACGAAGAAAACCUAUCUUCAUCCUCUCACUUGCACACUGACCGAUGAGAACUGUCGCCGCUUGAUCUUUUCCAAAAUCACUUACCACUCCGUAAUUCAUCCUCAGACAUAACUCCAACUCCAUUUCUCCACAAUGCAGCCUCCCAGCCCUACCGCGUCGAGGCACAGCCGCAAAAGGUCCUCCAUCUACGGAAACAUCAAAGACAUCUUCAAGCAAACCAUUGAUGAAGAACCAUCACCCGCUUCCAACUUCUGUGUAAAUUGUGCAGAGACUGGACACUGGAGCAAUGACUGCCCAAAUUCGUGUACCGCCUGCCACACUCGAGGCCAUCAGGCAACAGACUGUCCAAGAAAGAGGGCAUGCACCGCCUGUUCUGGCUGGGGAUACAUGCGGCAAGAACCCAACGCCGAUGCAACAACAGCUGUGCGGCAGCUACAGGCGGCGAUACAGAGCGUGAGGAGGGCCUCGGUACAAUUCGAGACUAGUCCUGAAGGCGAACUUGUCCAGACAAAGGCUGUCACCAGGCGACAUGACUCUGUACAGUUGCCACCUGAUGCUGUGAAGGGUCUCCACGAUGAGUUGGAACAGAUCGCGUUGUUGGCCGACAAAGUCGCAGGCAAGGUGGAGAACCUUGACUGUUGUAAGAAACAGGAGUAUGGAACAGCAGCGUCGUCGGUGACCUGGAAGAGCGACCUUUGGAGCCAGCCCGAAUAGCUUCAGCACGUCACGAUAAUUCGCUCAAUAAGAUUAAGAGGCAUUGAUUUCAUCCGGGUCUCUGUUUGAAGGGCAUCGAGCUCGCCCUCUGUGGAUACUGUAUGGCGGGUCCUUCAUCGCGCUGGAGAAUACAAUCUGUGCUCUCUCGCAUUCUCCCCACGUCUGAACUCAUCGCAAUCAUCUCGCUAUGCGGCGUUGGAAAUUCAAUAUAAUUCAACUCAU